AUGGACGAGCUCAAGCACCAGGUUAUGAUCAACCAGUUCGUGCUGACGGCGGGCUGCGCGGCCGACCAGGCGAAGCAGCUGCUGCAGGCUGCCCACUGGCAGUUCGAGACGGCCCUCAGCGCCUUUUUCCAGGAGACCAACAUCCCCUACAGCCACCACCACCACCAGAUGAUGUGCACUCCCGCCAACACCCCUGCCACUCCCCCCAACUUCCCCGACGCCCUCACCAUGUUCUCGCGUCUCAAGGCCUCUGAGAGCUUCCACGGUGGGGGCAGCGGCAGUCCGAUGGCCACAGUGGCCAUGUCACCUCCACCACACUUCCCCCACACUGCUGCCGCUGGGAACUUCGCGGCGCCCAGCUGGCCGGCUGCGGCCUCGCCCCCAGGGGGCCCCCAGCAUCACCAGCCGCAGCAGCUGCCCCUGUGGACUCCGGCACCCCCCUCCCCAGCUUCAGACUGGCCGCCUCUGGCCCCGCAGCAGGCUGCCUCGGAACCAAGGGCCCACCCUGCCAUGGAGGCAGAAAGAUAA